GAUGUGCCUACAAGUAGCGCAAGCCAAGCGUUUGCUUGUUGAGGCACGAUUCGACACGAUAAUCAAUCGACUUGUAGAUAGAUAGCCCAACGAGUGUUAUCUUAAGCGACAGAAAGCGCUUAUCUAUGUGACAAUUGCGGGGCGAGACGUAAGCCAGACACUUUUUCAAUUCCAAGAUUCGACUCCAAUUGAGUCGAACGUGCAAAAUGCCGAAUAAAGCAACUACCCCAAAAACCAAACUGAACUUAACUGAGCGAUAAGCUAGAAGAUAAGCGAAGCUCAAGCUCAGUCUUAACGUGGCUAUAAAAGACGCUGCAAGUGCGCAGAGCUGGCCAAGUCCAGACCUGUCCAGCCAUGAGAGAAGUUCAAAGAAUUAGUCAGCGAUUGGCAUUUGUUAUAGGCUCUGUACUGUUCCUUGGGCUGAUCAUAGGAAACUCUGCCUCAGCCAGCAUCAAUCGCAUACAGAAGCACAAUCUGGAACUGCUUUCAGAGCAACUAAAUCGCGGCUGGCAUGCUUUCUGCGAUGCACCUGUUGAUGAGGGCGUCAUGGCCUUGUUCGAUGGCAUCAAUCCCAGCGAUGCGCGUCUGCAUGUGAUGACGAUCACCAAUCAAAGCAUUCAACUGCCCAUCAAAUCCAUACCGGAAAUUCGUGACUUUGACAUCAACCCAGAGAGAAGAACUUUAAUUUAUGUGAAUGCCUUUCACACCGCAGACAGUUAUUUCAGUGUGCAGGAGCAUUUGAUGCUGUUGCAGACAACUCGACGAGAUCUCAAUGUGAUUGUUGUGGACUUUGCCACCAAUGUGGCACAAUUGUAUUACACGGUGCGGCAUCAUCUCUCCGUUCAUGGCUAUUCCAUCUACAAGCUGCUCAGCGCUCUCACAGAUGCCGGAAUUUCUGCGGAGGAUAUCACACUCGCAGGACAUUCGGUGGGUGCGAAUAUUGCUGCUUUGGGUGCUGAUCUCUAUGCCAAGAGUAAUAAGCGUCAAGUGGGACAAUUGAUUGCCAUCGAUCCGGCCACAAUGUGUCACACCACCGACAUCUUGGUGCGUCAAGGUGUUGCAAGUCGUGUGGUUGUGUUGCACGGCGAGGGCGAUGUGUUUGGCGUGCGAGUGCCGUUGGGUCAUGUGGACAUCUAUCCCAAUGGCAUUGGCUAUUUUCCGCGCAAGAAACUUCAGCCGGGCUGCGAGACCAAGAUCUGCAGUCACAUGUAUCCAUUUGUCUUGUUCAUGGAGGCGCUCAUCGAGGGCGUCAUGAUUCCGGCCACCAAAUGCGAGAAUUGGGCCAAGUUCAGGCAGGGCGAUUGCAGUUUUGAGAACACUUUGAAUAUUGGUCUCAUCUAUCCACCGAAUGCCAAGGGUCUCUACUUCUGCAUGACUCAGCCGAAUCCUCCAUUUACGUACAUGGAACAUGGACUCAGGUACAAGACGCGACAGCCAGAAGCAGCCAACGUUCAGGCUUAGAGCCAUCGAACAGCGGAUUAGCUGAGGCUUAGGAUUAACAGUUUGUUUUUAUAUGCAUAGUUUUAGUAUAAGCGAAAGGUGUAACGAGUGAGCUAAUGCAGCUUAGCUAAACAUUAUUAAAGUACUUAUUUAUGAGCAUUUUGGGCUUAUUAUUUCG